AUGUCCAUAGUACUGACGAAGACCUGCCAACAUGCUAUCGUCAUCGUCAUCAGAAGUGGUUCAAAAUUGCCUUUGGUACCUUCCAGCACCUUUUUUAUAGAAUGCGAAAUCGAUCUCAAACUACCCUCUUCGGUUAAUGACUUACUACCACCGAGUACCUUGAUAAAAUCACAACUUAACAAAAAUUCUCUCAAGUCAAAUUGGAGUACGACGUUAACUUAUUGUUUAUCCGCAAAGUUACUCAAUUACCUCGUCAAGCAAGAUGCUACACUGCAUCUAAAAAUCUGUCCAACGACACCAACAGAUCGACAUUGUCCUAUUUUCGAUAUGUCGUUGCGCGAUGCAAAAUAUUUACAAGACACUGGGGACGCUAGUGAGGUGCAGCAGUACCUUGAACAGGGUGCUCCAUAUAUCCCAGUUUUGAAAAAGUGCAAUUUAGAACUACAAUGUGGAUUAUUUGUUGUUGAUAUGCCAGAAAAACUUGAAUCGAAUUUACAAAACAUGCAUACAAUUCAUCCACAAAUACUCCAAAGUGGUGCGAAUGACACUUCAAUUAUGGACGCAACCGAAAGUACAGAAACAGUGUACAGCGCCGACCAUUCUGAAGAUUCUCUUUUAUCGCAUAUAACUGGUGACUUCUCCACCAUAUCUAAAUCUUCGGCCGCCUCAUCUAUUCAACCUACCUAUCACCAAAUAGGAAACGGCCGGGACCUGCAUACACUAUAUUUCAAUCUCGUCUCCACCAACUGCACGAUACCGUUGUCCAAGACAAAUGCAGCUAAUGGCAAGGAAGCAUCCAAGUCAUAUUUCCAGUAUCGAUUAUUUGGAGAGCGUUGUAGAAUCAAUAUUCAUGAGGGGGCAGCAGUUGGAAACGCACAAAUGCAUUUCCAAGUUCGAGGUGACCGACAUGACAUUUUGAACUGGCUUAAUAGUCAAGGAAGAAUGCGUAUUUCGAUCUGUAUUGAGGACAGCUACGGCCAGGAAGUUGAGAUAGGCCAUAGUAUGAUUGCUCUUGCCAACAUCUUUGUGCCUAUAGUCCCUGACGGAAAGCAAUCUUUCUAUAACCGGGCACCAAAUAGAAAUGUUCCUGUCUAUGACCAUCAAAACAGGCUUGUUCUACAAUCCAAAACAAGCAUUUCCAGCCUCAACAUUCAAGCCGGAUUAUUUCCGAAUUGGGUGUACAAUGAAGAAGCCGAGGCCCAUGGUGAUAAGCCUAUCUUCCAUUUCACCGAGAACAUACACCAUCAACAGACAGGCACUCGACUAAAUGAUCAGGAUAUAAUAUCCACCCAUCUAUCAUCCUCCUCCGCAUACCCCCGCUCGCCAUCACGCGUUCUUCACAAAUUCAUUAUGAGCAAAGAAAUGUCGAAUAAUGAGAACCGAACACCCUUGCAGGAUGCCCAGGCUCAGUCAUCGAAAUCCAUGAUUCCGCGAUGCCGACGCUCAUACACUUGCAGUCGUUAAACCCAC